UAUUUGCUGGACGCUGACAGCAGAACGGAGCAAAUCUUACGGAAUUCCAUAACGACUGAGACAAUGCGUGCAACGGCAGCCUACUUACAUUGUUUUUGUUAUGUGUCGUUCUGCACGUCAUUAUCAAGAGUUAUCGUAUGACGCGUGCAGUGUUUCGAGGUGAAAUACCCACGCAAAGACCAUGCUCUCGCGGGGUCCCCAUGAUUAAGUGGCAUUUGACAGUGCUAAUCAACGAAUUCUAGGUUUGAAAAUUUAAACUGCGGUGUCUCUGAAAAAUCAUGGCAGAAGACAUUGAGAAAAUUUACCAAAAAAAGUCACAGCUAGAGCACAUCUUGUUGAGACCCGACACUUACAUCGGCUCAGUGGAGCCUGAUACGCGAAAGUUAUGGGUGUAUGACGGCCCAGAACAGGGUAUGGUAUACCGGGAUGUUACAUUUGUGCCUGGACUAUACAAGAUCUUCGACGAGAUUCUUGUGAAUGCAGCCGAUAACAAGCAACGCGACAGGAGCCAGGAUUGCAUAAAGGUGGAGAUUGAUGCCGAAAAAGGAAUGAUUUCGGUGUGGAACAACGGAAAAGGAAUCCCUGUAGUAACUCAUAAAACAGAAAAAUGCUAUGUCCCAACCUUAAUUUUUGGUCAUUUGUUGACAUCGUCGAAUUACAAUGAUAAUGAGAAAAAAGUUACCGGAGGUCGCAAUGGUUAUGGCGCAAAACUAUGCAAUAUCUUCUCGACGAAGUUUACCUUGGAAACAUCUUCCCGCCAGCAUCAAAAAGCGUUCAAGCAGACGUGGACUAACAACAUGACGAAAGCCGGAGAUCCAAAGAUCGCCGAUUCAGACAGAGACUAUACAAAAGUUACUUUCCAUCCAGACCUAUCAAAGUUUAGCAUGAAUAAAUUCGACAAAGAUUUCGUAGCCCUCGUGAGUCGACGGGCAUACGAUGUUGCUGGGUGCACUGCUGGUGUAAAAGUCUAUCUCAACGGAGAAAUGCUUCCAAUCAGGACGUUCAAGGACUACGUUCAGAUGUUCACGUCCAAGUGUGUCAGUGAAGAUGACGACAAACCUUUAACGGUAGUUCAUGAAGUGGUCAGCCCCCGUUGGGAAGUCGCCUGUUGUCCUUCGCCUGAAGGCGAAUUCAAGCAAAUGAGCUUUGUUAACAAUAUCGCCACUACGAAAGGCGGGACUCACGUGGACUAUGUCAUGGACGCAGUGACAAAAAAACUUUCAGAGCAAAUUAAAAAAAAGAAUAAGCAGGGCGUCAAUAUUUCAAAGAAGCAAAUGAAAGAUCACAUGUGGAUCUUUGUCAACUGUCUGAUUGAAAAUCCUUCGUUCGACUCACAGACAAAGGAGUAUAUGACACUGCAAGUGAAGAAGUUUGGCUCAACCUGUGAGCUAUCUGAUAAGUUUUAUAACGGUGUGCUAAAGUCUGGAAUAGUCGAUGCCAUUAUGACCUUUGUCCAUUUCAAAGCGCAGAAGGAAAUGACAAAAAAGUGUUUCAAAACUAAACAUGCUAAGCUCAAAGGCAUACCUAAGUUAGAGGACGCAAAUGAUGCCGGUACGGCAAAGUCAGUGGACUGCACCCUCAUUCUUACUGAAGGAGAUUCUGCUAAAACAUUGGCAGUUUCAGGUCUUGGAGUAAUUGGAAGGGAUAGAUAUGGAGUCUUUCCCCUGAGGGGAAAGUUGCUAAACGUACGUGAAGCAACAACCAAACAGUUGUUAGAAAAUGCGGAGAUUAACAACAUCAUCAAGAUUUGUGGUCUACAAUACAAAAAAAAGUACGAGAAUUCAGAGGAUAUGAAGACCCUUCGUUAUGGAAGAAUAAUGAUAAUGACCGAUCAGGAUCAAGACGGCUCGCAUAUCAAGGGCCUUUUGAUAAACUUUGUGCACCACAAUUGGCCCUCACUGUUGCGAAUGGAUUUUCUUGAAGAAUUCAUUACUCCGAUUGUGAAAGCGUUCAAAGGAUCCAAUCGAGAACUAUCUUUUUUUUCAUUACCAGAAUUCGAAGAGUGGAAGUCAGCUACUCCGAACUGGAAUACUUGGAGAAUCAAAUAUUACAAAGGUCUGGGUACAUCUACUGCUAAAGAGGCCAAGGAGUAUUUCUCUAAUAUGACCCGGCAUCGAAUCCCCUUCCGGUACACUGGGGCCGAAGAUGACAGUUCAAUUACUCUUGCUUUCUCAAAGAAAAUGGUAGAAGAGCGCAAAACAUGGUUAACGCAAGGUAUGGAAGAAAGGAAACAGCGCCGCGAGAUGGGUCUGCCUGAAAUUUACCUGUACAACAAGGAUACGAAAGCCGUAUCUUUCCAUGAGUUUGUUCACAAAGAACUCAUCCUUUUUUCGAACAUGGACAAUGAAAGGUCGAUUCCUUCGCUUGUCGACGGUUUAAAGCCAGGCCAACGAAAGGUAAAUGCUUAUAUAUUUGUAAGUGUAUUUGGUCCUACCAGCGUUUUUACAACGGUUGAUAAACUCUUUUUAACCGGUCUUUUUGCUUCUGUUUACUGUAAAACCGCUUACAUUUUUAUUCUACCAUUUAAUAUUCCAAAGGUGUUAUUUACUUGCCUUAAACGAAACGACAAACGGGAGGUUAAGGUAGCUCAACUAGCGGGUUCUGUCGCGGAGAUGUCGGCUUAUCACCAUGGUGAACAGAGUCUGAUGAUGACGAUCAUCAAUUUGGCUCAAAAUUUCGUUGGCUCAAACAACAUCAACCUUCUACAGCCAAUCGGUCAAUUCGGUACUCGUCUUCAAGGCGGCAAAGACUCGGCGUCCCCCAGGUACAUCUUCACGAAACUCUCGCCAUUGGCACGUUUCAUAUUUCCCGCUUUGGACGAUCCUAUUUUGAACAACCUAUACGACGAUAAUCAAAAAAUCGAACCGGAGUAUUAUUUGCCGAUCAUUCCUAUGGUGCUUGUGAAUGGCGCAGAAGGCAUCGGUACCGGUUGGAGUACAAAGAUCCCGAACUAUAAUCCAAGGGACGUAAUGGCUAACGUGCGUCGCUUAAUACGCGACGAGCCUCUUAAGAAAAUGCAACCAUGGUACAAAGGCUUUGAAGGUGAGAUUGCCACUGUUGACGCCGGCAACCGCAUCGUGAUUCAUGGCGAAGUGUCGCUGCUGAAUAAUAACCGCGUUCAGAUUACCGAGUUGCCCGUUAAGGUGUGGACACAAGCUUAUAAAGAGAAUGUCCUUGAGGUAUUACUGCACGGAUCUGAAAAGGUUCCCGGCAUUAUUUCGGACUAUAGAGAAUACAACACAGAUACCAAAGUGAACUUCGUUGUGACCAUGGACGCGGCCAAUUUCGAAAAGGCACGUUCCGACGGUAUGCACAAGGUUUUCAAACUGCAGACAACAAUGGCCACCACCUCGAUGGUCCUAUUCGAUUCCACCGGAUGUAUUCGGUUCUAUGACUCUCCUGAACAAAUCCUUGAGGAGUUCUAUGACGUCCGCUUGAAAGGCUACGUGAUGCGGAAAGAGUAUCUCAUCGGACUGUUAUCCGCAGAAGCGAGUCGGCUAACCAAUCAGGCGCGCUUUAUUGUGGAAAAAUGCGACGAUAAAAUCCGGGUUGAGAAUAAAAAAAGGAAAGAACUGAUCCGGCUCCUUAUCGACCGAGGUUAUGAUCCUGACCCUGUGCUUCGGUGGAAAGAGGCCCAGAAAACGGAGCAAGAACGAGAGGCCGAAGCAGGUGUCGAUGAUGAUGACGACGAGGAGAGUCAAGGUGGCGAUUCGCAAGCGGGUAGCAGUUCAAGUAAUCAAGGUGGUGCCAAUCGUGAGGACACUCUUGCGAAGGACUACGAUUAUCUUCUCAGUAUGACCAUGUGGAGUUUAACCUUGGAGCGCAAGGAAGAGCUGCUUAAGAAGCGAGAUGAUAAAAUCGCAGAGCUGGAGGCGUUGCGUAGAAAAACGCCCAAAGAUCUCUGGAGCGAGGAUCUGGACGCAUUCGCGCAAAAACUUGAAGAAGUUGAAGCCAAAGAGGUGUCUCAAAUGGACAAAGCCGAAAAGAAAACUACAAAAAUGGUUUCUGCAAAAGGUGCCAAAGGCAAAAUGCUUAAAGGUGAAGCCACAGAAAAGGGCGACCGUAUCACUCCUGAAAUCGACAAGGAAUUGCUGGAUAAGAUCGAGAAGGCCGCACAACAAGGUGCAAAACGGAAAGAGCCAAAAGUCGAAAGGGUACCUAAGUUUAAGAAAGAAAAAAUCAAAAAGGAGCCUAAAGAGACGAAGGAAGAUAAAAAGCAACAAAAAUUGAACUUCAAACCGAAAAAGCCAAAAAAAGAGAUGUGGGAUAGUGGCACAAGUGAGGAAGAAGACAAGAGUGCUGGUGAUUUUAGCUUCAGUGACGGUUCGGAUGGAGCGGAAAUCGAUAAGAAACGAUCCGAACUGAGCCAAUUUCCGACCCAAGCACCAUCGCGCGACGUGCCGAAGAGGGCAAAAGCUGCCGUGAAAAUGGCGGAAUCAUCUGGAUCUGAGCUCGAUGAGCAGCAAAAGGAAAAUUCUCCAGUGAAGGGCAAGGGGAAACAGCCGUCACGCCAGAUACUCAGUAGCGAUGAUGAAGAGCUCGCUCCCCUGUCGAAACGAGCAGAAAAUGUAAAAAAAUCUACUCAAGCUUCUAACACUACUUCAAGUAAACACUCGACAAAGGCCUCUUUGAACAAGUCUCAAUCGGCUGCCGCCUCUAAAAGAAAGAAGAUGCAUUUUUCUGGAUCGGAGGAUGAGUCAGACACCCAGACGAAGAAAAAGAAGGCUAUUGUCAAAAAAGUUACUUAUUUUGACGGCAGUGAUUCGGAUUACUAGAAUGAUGCACAUUUUUCUUAUCAAGACGUCAGUCCCGUGUAGCAUGUGUGAUGCGAAUUUACGGUCAACCUCAAUUUACCUGGUGUUAACGGCGUGAGUGAAUCAACAUUACACAACAUGACGAACGCGCUUCUUCAGAAGUGGGGAAAAUACUAUGUUUAUAAUUUAUUGUGGGUAUCCUUUAAAGGGUAGGAUACCAAAAAGUCCAAUAUCUGGUUGACAUGUAGCACGUCGAAGGUUCACAGAAUAUUUUCUCCAUUAAAUCUUUUAUGCUAAAGCAUUCUAACGUACUUUCUUUGUUAUAUACGUGUGU